AUGUUCUUUUUGCAACCACGACGUGAGAUUCGCUGGGUAAAAAAGCAUGCCCUGUUUCCACGCUUACCGUCAGAAUUUGACCUGCCAGACAAGCUGAUCAACGAGGUUAAGCGUUGCUGCUCAACGAUCGUUUCCCUCAAGCUCAAGGCAUAUAAUACGCCAUGUCAGUUUCACAGGGCUAUGCCGCAGUCCUCUGCUGAAACCAGACACACAAACCUGAAUUAUGUAACUUCAAUUGCUGCCUAUGCGCUGUUACACCAGUUAUGCAUCGUUCCAAAAGUGGAGGAAAUCUCGAUGAAUCAGGGCGACGCUACUUUAUUCAGAGGUUCAUUAAUGGAAGUGUUCGACGUUUCUUCGCACGUUUCGCCUCUGGCCAUCGUGAGUGACGUUGUCCCAAAAUGCCGUCGACGUUUUGACAAGGUUGGUUCAGUUUUGAGGGCGACCGCCGACUCCGACUCCGACGACAGCCAUCUUCUGGUCAAUCCUGAUCCAUUGACGAUGACCAACUUCGUGUUGGUCGAAAACCUGCCGAACAGCGAGCAGCAAAUAUUCAUCCAAAUUGGUCAGCAGUCCAUUCGGCAAAACGACGAACAGAACAGUGACAGAGAGCAAAACGAGACCGAGAUCAAGAUGGCGACCGCAACGACGACUGGUUCAUGGAUGCACAUGUUGACGUUGUCCAAUUCGACACAGCCCGGGGUGUCGUUGCUUGUGACCGGCGACCAGCGACACGUCGUAAAGAGCAUUUACCGUGUCGACCGACAACUCUUAGACUGUGAUCUUUUGGACAGUGACGGAGCUACGAAGGCAUUGAACGACUUCCAUGCCGAGAUCGCUAGAGUACUGUCGUCAGGUUCGUAUCAGUUUCGUCAUUUGAACGAAUCGGUGUUCAACCUCACCGACGAACAGUCCGACUGGCUGAACGUCACCAAGCAACGCGAGUCUUGUCAUCAGUUGCAACGCAUCGUCCGCAGGUCUCGCCGGUUACACAGGAAACAGCUGAGGCGAAGCCUCAAUGCCAAGUCCAGUCGUGCUCCCUCGAUCUCAACGAACGAUCUCUGCGGCAAUUGGCUGCACCAAGCGAGCAGUUCUAGUGAUGUACGCAGCGAGACGAAAAAGUGCUGUUUUAUACACAAAUCCUGUUCGUUCACCAUCCCGCCAUUCACUUCCGACUACCAUUUGUUCAACUAUCGCAGCCACACUUUGAUUCACUGCGAUUGUACCAAACAGUAA